UCUCGGCUCGGGGUCCUUUCCGCUUGGCGUGGCGGCCGUACCCAGCUCCCGAAGCCCAGGGAAGCGAGUUCCGACCCGCUGCGCGCACAAGCCCGCCCCGUCCUUCCCGCCUCGCUGCCUCGCUCGCUCCGAUGCCGCCGCGCGUCCUCACUUCUGGGCAGCCGGCGGCGGAGGCGCAGCGAGUCCCCGGGCUCGGAGGGGAGAUGGGGCAGGCAGUGACGCGCCGCCUCGGAGCUGGAGCCCGCGCAGCGCCCCACCGGGCGAUGGAGCGCCGAGAUCCCAGCGCGCGCGACGCCACCGCGGCGCCCCCGCCGCUCGCCAGCACCCUGACCGGGAGAAAAACAAAAGCCAAGGCACCACUUCCUCCAGCUGAGACAAAAUAUGUGGACGCCUCUUCAUUUGAUGAUUCUGUAGAAUCUGCUGCUUUCAUUAUGGAACAGAAAGAAAACAUAAUAGAUAAAGACAUUGACCUUACAGUGGUUUUACCUGGGGAUAUCAUCAAAUCUACUACUGUUCAUGGCAGUAAGCCUAUGAUGGACUUGCUGAUAUUCCUGUGUGCACAGUAUCACUUAAAUCCAUCAAGCUACACAAUUGAUCUGCUGUCAGCUGAGAAGAAUAACAUUAAAUUUAAGCCAAAUACACCUAUAGGAAUGUUGGAUGUAGAGAAAGUGAUUUUAAAGCCAAAAAAUUUGGAUAAGAAAAAACCUACACCUAUAAUACCAGAGAAAACUGUGAGAGUAGUGAUCAAUUUUAAGAAAACACAAAAGGCCAUAGUGAGAGUCAGUCCACAUGCAUCGCUUCAAGAACUUGUUCCUACGAUAUGUAGCAAGUGUGAGUUUGACCCGUCUCACACCUUGUUGCUGAAAGAUUAUCAAUCUCAGGAACCAUUGGAUUUGACGAAGUCUCUUAAUGACCUGGGACUGAGAGAAUUAUAUGCCAUGGAUGUCAGUGGAGCCACUUCUGUCACUGCCUUCAGUAAGUCAUCUUUACAAGAGUCUUCUCAAGUAUCACCAAACCUAGAUAUCAUGAAGGAGAAAGAAAGUAAGGGGUUUUUCAGCUUUUUUCAACGCAGUAAGAAAAAGCGGGAGCAAACUGCGAGUGCUCCUGCAACUCCUCUAAUAAAUAAGCACCGCCCAACUUUUGUGAGAUCCAAUACCCUCUCCAGGCCAUAUGUGUCCAACACCCUGCCAUCCGAUGCACCCAAGAAGAGGCGGGCCCCACUGCCACCCAUGCUGGCAUCGCAGAUUGCACCACAGGACCUUGAGCAGCCCCAGGAGAGAGCAGGCUCUUCCGUGGUGAAGUCCACAGGCGUGGAGGAAGCUGAUGAGAGUCCCCGUGAAGCAGGUAGAGCGAGGACGGGCUCACUGCCGCUCUCCAGCACAUCUGAAGGGAAUUUAUCUCUGAAAAGGACAAAGCGGAAAGCACCUUCCCCACCCACCAAAAUACCGCUGCGUCAAAGCACUGAAAAUGGCCAUCCGACAGUCCUGCAGGCAGUAGAUGGAGUUUCCCCAGACAGCAUUUCAGAAGCAACCUCUCCUGAGGGCCUCCCCAGCCCAGACUCUACUUCUUUGGCAGAAGGCUGUCUUGGCCCUGGGCUCUUCCAUCAGGAACGGUGCACUACGCCCAAACUGCCUGACGAAUCUUCUCUCUCUGAGGGCCCUGGAACCCCCGAGGCGGCUGUGGCAUCCUUGACAUCUGGAAUAAGCUCGGAUUAUAGCCUUGAGGAGAUAGAUGAAAAGGAAGAACUAAGUGAGAUGCCUAAACAUGAAGCUGAAAAUAUUUCUCUGAAGUCACCAGACAUUGCUUUUGUAUCUACUGAUAUAAUAAGCACAUUGAAGAAGGAUCCUGACUCAGUCCUUGGCACUGAUAGUGGAGAGGCUUCACAAAACUCCAAAGAAGAAAAUCAAGAAGCUGGAAACACAGAUGGACAAGGGUCACACAGUGUUGUGUAUGAUUCAAGCAAUGAAAAUAUGUUACCUGAUGGUGUCAGAAAUUUGCAGUCACUGAGCCCAAAUGAAAAGAAUGUUCAAAAUGAAACCAAUAUCCUUGCAACAAAAACAGAAGAUAAGAUGAAAAAUAGUGUGAGAAAAACAGAAAUCUGUGUAGAUGAAGCCAAAAAUAAGGACAUAAACAUGAGAGUUGACAAACUACCACAGUGUCGAGCGUGUGAAACUGAUAGUUUUAUAAGUUCCAAGGAAAAUCAUGGAGUGGUAGCAUCACUGCCAGACCAAAAACUGAAUCAACACAGAACAGAAAAGACAAAAAUGCAAGAUGCAGCAAUUCAGACCACCCCUUCCUGUAACAGCUUGAAUGGGAACCACCAAGAUCGUAAUUUAUCUGACUUCAAAGUUGAUGAAAGUGUGCAAACUUCAAAUAACAAGUCAACUCAACAUUCAUCCUUAAUUCUACAAGAUUCUGCAAAUACCACAAGCAAAUUGAGGAGUCAGGGUACCCUAACAGUAUAUACAGAAGAUAGGCUUGCCAGAAAGGAUCCAGUCUAUGCCUAUGGUAGUGAUGAUCUUUCAUCUCCCAUAGAUGGAAUUGAUAAAAACUCAACUGUUUCUUACCUACAGAACUCUCCACUUUACCGACAGGACUAUAGUGCCAAACCAAAACCUUCUAAUGAAAUUACAAGAGAUUAUAUACCCAAAGUUGGAAUGACGACUUAUAAAAUAGUGCCUCUCAAAUCCCUGGAAAUACUGAAAGACGGGGAGUCAGAAUCUGUAGUAUUUAAAGAUGAUCAGAAGUUACAUACUUUAGGAAAAAAGCAUGCUUACGAGAAUGUGAAAGAAACUUCCAUCCAGACAGAAAACACUGCUGCUUCUGACGGCCCAGUGGAGGAGCACAAACAAGGCCUCACACCCAAGCCCAGCUUGAGAGCAGCACAGCAGUUGCACAGGGCUAUGAGCUUUACUGAUGAGGUAGUGACUAAGCCUCCAAAGCCUCCCAGGAUGACUGGAGACACUGGCACGGCUCCUUUUGCGCCAACUUUGGAAGACAUAAACAAUAUUUUGGAGUCAAAAAUAAAACCUCAGAUUUCAAAUCCCCAGGCCAAACCAAAUUCUUUUUUCUUGCAGAUGCAAAAGAGAGCAUCAGGCCAUUAUGUCACGUCUGCAGCUGCCAAGAGCACACACACUGCACCUAACGUUACUCCCAAAGAACUCCCAAAUAGAGACUCAGGCAAGGACACACUGCCUUCUCCAGAGCAGACUCUUUCUCCCUUAAGUAAAACAACUCACUGUACUCCCCUGCCCCAUGUUAGACACACUGGCGAGGCCGUCCUCACCCAGAAGCCUGCUCCUCCCCCCAUAGCACCCAAGCCUGUGCCUCUUCCCACUCCUCAGCCAGCAGCAGUAAAUCUGAAGACUCUGAAAACUUUUGGCGCCCCCCGACCAUUCUCCAGUUCCACUUCUUCACCAUUUGCCCUUGCCGUCGUGAAAAGGUCACAGUCUUUCAGUAAGGUGCACACGGAGCCCUCCAGUGAGGAAGAAGCUGCCCAGCCUCCAGCCAGUGCAGAUGACAGGAAGACAGGCUCUGUAAACAAGUUUCCUGACGUUCCACGACUUGAUGCGACAGAGAAUCAAAAUAACUCUGCACAUAAUGAACAGAAUUCUAAAAUGCCAACUCCAACUGACUGCCCAUCAUUCACUCUUAAGAGACAAAGUUCCUUAACAUUCCAAAGCUCUGACCCAGAACAGAUCCGACAGAGUUUGCUGACUGCAAUCCGUUCUGGAGAGGCUGCUGCUAAAUUGAAAAGAGUUACUGUUCCAUCGAAUACGAUAUCUGUGAAUGGAAGGUCACGACUUAGCCAAUCCCUGUCCUCCGAUGCCCAGGAAGGCUGUUAAUGUCACCCGUACACUGUGCUUCCUGCUUGCACCUCCUGACCCAGCUUCACGCCAAUGGGGAAUGUGGGCAAAUGUAUAUUCAGAUGUACACUAAUAUAUUAUCUGUUAAAGUCUGAGAUUUUAUGCUAUGGCUAUUAAUGCCAAAAGAAGAAUUAUUAGAAUUUAUAAUUUAUAAUAAUUUUUGAUCUUUUUUGCCUUAAAGAUUAAAUAUGCUGCUUUAGAACUUUAACACAGCUAUAAAUGACUUUCAUUUUUUUUCAAAUGACAAAUAAUUACUCUUUAUUGAUGACACACUCUACAGUGGUGACUUAAAAGUAUAAAUGAAGAUUUAUAGACUUCUGUUUGUGCCACAUAUACCAGCAAACAGACCUGACAUUUGCUGCCUCAGUGUUAGUUUAAUUGGAAAUGUUUAUGUUACAUUUCAGGCUGUUUUGUGCUGAAGGAAUGAUCUAGAAAAUUAGUGAUAUCAAGUAUAUAAAGCUGAGUUUUUUCAUUGAUGAAUCAUUUAGUAUACAAAACUUAGCUUGUCUGUUCUUUUUAUAAUUACAAAUCAGUGUCAAAUUUAGAGGAAGCAUAUUUUAAUACUUUAUUAACAUGAACACUUGAUGUUGUAAUCGUUAGAGUUUAAGUUGCACAAGGAGAAUUUUAAAUAUUUUCUGUUUAUAAUAAUGACAUUGACAGAAAUAUUACUUAUUUUAUGUGCCAGAAGCCUUAAAAAUCUUCCUGUGAAAAUAUUGAGAUAUUGUACAAUUAUUUCACAUUUGAUAUGUAGAGAGGAAUAGUUGGUGUAUAUUCAUAUUGGAAAACUUUACUAUUUGGAAGUUUCAGAAAUCCUGGUUUAAUUCAGGUGAAAUGAUAAAAUAGUCAAGAUGUUGUUGAGAUGCUAUUAUUCUGAUUUACUGUAUAUUUACUGAAAACUCAAAUGGUUGAGUUGCACAGCACCUAAUCUGGCAAGGUCUAGAGCUUGUUAGUAUCCUUUCUACUUCAAUAAUUUAAUUUUUCACUUAUUCUAAAAUAUUUUUUCAAACAAGCUGACAUUAAGUUGGUUUUCCCUAAAGUUUUUGGAAUAUCUGCCUCUUUAAAAAAUGUGAUUUUUUUCCCCUCCUGUUUAAUAAAAGCAAGUUGUAUA